GCCGGACCACUCCAACAUGACUGGCAGAGACGUGAAUCUACCUGAGUGACUUCUGGUUAGUCACCCCAAUGAACGGGCCGUCGCUGCAUGCGCCUGCGGUCCUUUUAUCGCCACAAUGAAGACGCGGCAGAUCCGAAGAUCGAUGAGAAUGAAGCACGAGUACAGCUUCGGGUGCUGGCGUUGGAGCACCUCAGACGCCUGAUUGCGACAGUUCAACAUGUCACUCGGGGCAUUGAAUCGCGCAUCGCUGAGGAGCCUCCGCGACACAAUUCCGCCACAGCCUCAGCCAGGGACUGCCACGAAACUUCGGGUUAACUCUUGUAGUUACACGGUACUGCGAUGAAUUGAAAAUAUCAUCCCGG